AUGACGGCCAAGAGUUCCCCAAACCAAGGCUAUCCUGGAACACCUGUGUGGGGAUGGCACAGAUCUCAGUUAGCCAUGGUCCCCAAGUAUUCCAUGAUGGGUCCUUUCAGAGGACACAUGAGUAUCAAAAGUAGCCCUUUUUCUCCUGGAUCUUCCUGCAAGGUGUCAACUCAGUACAUUAUUCAAGAUCACAUGGCAACUCAUUAUAGGAAAUUGCUGUCCUCCAAAGCUGCUGUUGAUUCCUCUGUACCAAAGAGUUUGCAUACUAGCAUUAAAUACAGGGAUCAGCAAAAGAGAAGAGUUGUCAAAGCGGUUGAAAAAUAUAAGAAGGAACUUGUAUGGACAGUUUCUGCCCCCAAAUUUAACUGCAGGAGUGUUUCCACGAAACAGCAGAAGUGGCCAGAUAAGAGUCGCCUGUAUUUGGUACCACGUGGGAAAGUCUGCUCCAUGACUCAGGAAGAACAGCGCUCACCUGUACCCUUUCAGAAGCCCACCUCAAGAAUUCCAUCACCAGUUUUAACUGCACGAGAGACUAUUCAAGACAUUGUUCAGCAAGCUUUGUCUCUGACUCCUGUUCACAGAUCUAAUAUGCUCAAACUAUUCACUAUACCAUGUAGCCAGGCUCACCCGUGCGGGAAGACAUUUCAAAACCCUCAGAAGAAAACGUAUAGUGGCGACCUCCUUGACAAACAUUCUGAUUGGUUCACAGAAAAAAACCAGCCUUUUGCCCCCCGAAUUUUAAAGACAUCAAGUCAAUCGUUUCCUUCAAAGUACAGGUAUUAUAAACCUCCCCACAAAAUGAAGAGCAUCUCACCUGGAAGACCAUCUCUUAGAUUAACUGGAACAUACAAUGUAAGGCCAAGAGAAUUAUGCAGCUCUGUAGAAGAUGUACAUCUGAGAUCUGAUGCAGAUUGCUCCACCCGGCAUCCAGUUAAGGAACAUGAAUUGUGGUUUUUGAAGCCUCCAACUCCUGAUUCUCUAAGAUCACAACUUAAGGAGAAGGAGGAAGAGUUGAAAUACCUUCAGUUUCUUCAAGAAGUUACAAAUGAUAUUUUGAUUAGAAAUUGUUACCACAAGGAGUCAAUAGGGGAUGUAUUUCAAAUGCACAUUAGAAGUAGAAGCCAUGACCUUGAUGAGGUGAACAAAAAAUAUUAUUAA